AUGUAUCGUCCAGAGUUUCUUGUAGUGGUCUGCUUUCUGGUCUUAUCUCUGGGGUUUGGUAUUGAAGGAGGGAUGUGUCAACAUUUUUUCCUCCUUCGUCCCAUUCCAAGUGACAGUUUGCCGAUUGUGGAACUCAAAGAAGACCCGGAUCCCAUCUUUGACCCCAAGGAGGUGGAUCUCAACGAAACUGGACUGAUAAGUUUACUCGGCAUCAAUUUUGAUUCCGAAUUUAUGUCCAUAGCACCGCCGGAGGACAAUCGGACGGGUGACGACGGACUGAACGAUUCGGAACCCUAUCUGCAGGAGCCCAUCGGGACAAUGCCUAAAGAAAUCGAGUCGAUGGAGUUUGACAUUCAGACCGGAAAAAAGAACAAGCCGAGCAAAAAACUCCGGAGACGGAUGCAGCUGUGGUUGUGGUCCUACACGUUCUGCCCGGUGAUGUAUACGUGGAGCGACUUGGGGAGCAGAUUCUGGCCGCGCUACGUUAAAGUAGGGAGCUGCUACAAUAAACGGUCCUGUUCAGUCCCAGAGGGGAUGGUCUGCAAACCGUCCAAAUCAGCGUAUUUCACGAUACUACGGUGGAAAUGCCGACAGCGGAGAGGCGGAGUGAAAUGCAAUUGGAUAUCAGUUCAGUAUCCAGUCAUAUCAGAGUGUAAAUGCGCCUGCUCCACUUAA